UACCGCGGAAGGUUAUAAACUUACGGAAAGUUUUAUCGACCAAGGGUACGGUUGUUACUCCGCAGCUAUUGCGUAGCUCAUAUUUGAAACCAGAAUCGACUUGAACAGGCGUGUUUUUAGUUUCUGUUUGUGUUGGGUUUCGUUUGCUGGCAGAUUGAGUUCUUGCAUCAAGUUCCCGUCACAAAUCACAACGACGGCUCAUUUCAAGGAUUAUUCAUCAUGUUACCCAUUCCUAGAGUCCCCACUCAUGUAUGAUUUUUCGACCGACGUUCCGAAGAGGAGUGCGAAACUGAAGAUUUUAGACGCAAGUACGGUACCUGAACUGCCGGAUCUUAGUACUCCGGAAAUAUCUUUCGACCUUCAUAGUUUCAUUGACGGAUCCAAUCAAGUGCCUCCUGAGACUUUGCUCGCUGACAUCCUAGCAGACGACUCCGAGCGACAAAACAUCGUUCCGGAAACCAACAUUCCCGCCGUAAAUUUCGGAUUCCCGAUGCCACAGUCGGCCGGCUUUGGCUCCGACCGCUACGGUUCCGAAGCGGGUGUGAAACAAGAACCGGCUGCAGGGAUCGAGACCCGUGUGCCGUCCAACACAUUCCCUGGUCGGGGAGUAGCAUAUACUUUCGCCGGACUUCCGCAGUUACCCGAUGCUACGCUCAGUUCCGGGUAUGGAGAUUCCCGAGAUAUCAGCUACAGAAAUGAGGAGAAAAAGUCAAAGAAACCGAUUGACAAGGGUUCUGACGAGUACCGUAGGAGAAGAGAGAGAAACAACAUUGCCGUUCGAAAAUCGCGCGAAAAGGCAAAGCAGCGGUGCAAGGACACUGAGAAGAGAGUCUGCGAUCUGGUAUCCGAGAACGACAAGCUCAGAAAGCGUGUGGAACUCCUGUCCAAAGAACUUAGCGUGCUCAAGAAUCUUCUAUCCAACGUCGGUGUGUCUUCAGAAGCCGCGAUCAAAGCGGAAUAAAUAUUCAAAGUUUUCCUUGAAGAAACUGCGUAGUGCAUAUUCAAAUCAAAAUUCUUUAUCUUACGUACCUUUUCCCGUCAUAUAUAGACAAGCUGCUGAGAAACUAAGGUACAUCGAGAAAGACGAUGUUAUUAGGUAUCUUCUCUAUUUCAAGUCGGACGUUCGACUAAAUUGUUUAAAUCCUUAGGUUAAACCUGUUUUUGCUACCAUCAUCAUCUGUAUUAAAUUAAUUUGUAUAUUAUAAUAAUUCCUUUUAUUAAGUAGAUAUUUAUUAAGCCUCACUUGCUUCCAAGAAUCAGGUAAUUUAUUAAACCAAGUGAUUUUUGAAAUGAACUGAUAUAUAUUUAGAUGCUGAACUGUACAACUGAUAACUUCAUGUCUCUCAUUUUUUGAAUAAGAAAUAUCUUCCUAGUAUUAAGUUACUGAUUCUUUUUUAAAUAACUAUCUUCAUCAAAAGCAGCUUUGCCUUGUUGCUGGCAUGUUUUCUAGUGCGAAGAUGAGCCAUCAGUGAACAUUUAUUUUCUGUGUGAUUGAAAACUGUUUUCAUUUUUAUUGACACUGUGCAGUCAAAGCAGAUACUAAUGCAUGUCAAGGCUAAAGUAUAAAUUUUUAAUAUUGAUUUUUUUUUAUUUAUCAUGAUUGAAGAUGUGUAAUCAAGAUUUCAAAACUGUAUGGUGAAUUUCAAACAGUUUGUCUAAAAAACUGUGCGAUUGUUAAAUGAUUUGUUAAAAAAGAAUUUUUACUAAUAUCUAAUUUUUAAACUAUUUUUUACAUUAGUGUAACCCCUUAUGGUGGAUUAUUAUUUGUGAUUACAGUGAUAUUUACUCUUGAUUAGGAAGUUAGUAUUUUAUAUUUCGUAUUAUUUACUCAGAUAUUUUAUGUUGUUUAUGUGCAUUGUUUGCACAGUCCUAAAGUUUAAAAUCAAAAGUUUAUGGUAUUUAUAAUGUAAACAAAUAUGAAUUUUCUAUUGUUCUUUAAAUUGUUUAAAAUAUUCAUUGCACUUUUUAGAAUUUCAUAAUUUUUAAAAUGAAUCAAUUUUUAUAUCAUAUUUAUCAUUCAUCAGGCCUUUGAAAUAUUCAGUAAAAAUUUUAACUUUAUUGCAUGUGUUAUGGUUUAAAUUAUUAAAUAAUUCUAUUUAAUGGUUCUAAAAACAGUGAAAUGCUCAUCUUGCUCAAAAAUGAUUCUUCAUAAAGCUUUUUCUGUGUUGUCUGAAUAGUCUUUAUCUUGUGUACUUUUGUAAGUCUGGCCAAAUUAAUGGUCUACUUGUAUACGGCUGAUUGAAUUAAUGGUGCUUAUCUUUAUCACUUGUACAGAGAUUAAUGUAUUUGAGUUCAUCUCUUAAUUCGGUAAAGAAGUUAACAUCAUUUUCAUAUGUUUUUCAUCUGCAAGAUACAUUGAUAGAUAAAACAUUGAUAAGAAAAUAUAGUUAUUUGAAACCAUAUUUUGGUAAUUAAUAAAUAAAUAUAUAUAUAUAUUUAA